AUGUCAAAUACCACAACAAUAGAAAAUUGGGAAAAAGAUAAAGUUUCAACUAUGGUUCGUAAAGGAAAGAUUAAAGAGGUCACAUUUCCUUAUGAUAUAGGAUUUCUUAGAAAUAUUCAAGCAAUUCUAGGAGAGAAUCUUAUUUUCUGGUGUUUACCACAACAAAUUAAAGGCAAUGGAUUGUCAUUUCCAAUUUCAAGUAAUGCAGGUACGACUGACGAUUCGGAAUUGGAAAUGGAUUAUUUAGUUUAG